AGGCCCGGGUUAUCCGGACAACCGGCCGCCGCCAUCUUGUGCUGAGGGUUUUCCAUCCGGGUCUUUAGUGAAGGACAAUGAGCUGGAGUCAGUUUGAAAACUGUUCAGAGGAAGGUCUGAAAUCAGAUUUACAUCCAGAUACCUUGACUCCAUUUUCAAGCAUUAGAACUGGAAUAUUUACAGACAGGGAACACCAACCCUUCAAGAUUUAACAGAGUCACUCGAUUCAUCAGGACUUGAAUUCCAUCGGACUUCAAAUGUGGAAAGACUAAAGCUUGUCUACUCUGUCUUGCAGAAUGAUUUCAAACAUCAGUGUGACUGGAAAAGCGCUGGUGUGAGUGCCCCAGGGAACUGAAUGUGGAAAGAGCUUUAAUCAGUUACACAGCCUGAAAAAAAUCACAUCGUUCACAGCGGGGAGAAACCGUACACAUGUUCUGUGUGUGAAAAAAGCUUUACUGAUCAUCCAACCUGGAAAGACACACAGAUAGCCGCACCAUGGAGAAACCAUGGAAAUGUGGGGACUGUGGGAAGGGCUUCAGAUCCCCGUCUGUGCUGGAAAUUCAUCACCGCAGUCACACCGGGGAGAGGCCAUUCACCUGCUCCAUAUGUGGGAAGGGAUUCACUCAGUUAUCCAGCUUACAUACCCACCAGCGAAUUCACACUGGGGAGAGACCAUUUAAAUGCUCUCACUGCGGAACUGGGUUCAGGCGAUCAUCUCAACUCACUGCGCACCAGCAAGUUCACACUGGGGAGAGACCGUUCAUUUGCUCUGAGUGUGGGAAGGGAUUCACUCAGUCAUCCCACCUGAUGACACACCAGCACACUCACACUGGGGAGAGGCCAUUCAUCUGCUCUGAGUGUGGGAAGGGAUUUGCUCGGUCAUUCACACUGCUGAUACAUCAGCGCACACACACUGGGGAGAAGCCGUACACCUGCUCCGAGUGUGGGAAGGGAUUCCAUGUUUCAAGCACUCUGCGGACCCACCAGCGAUUUCACACUGGGGAGAGGCCGUUCACCUGCCCCGAGUGUGGAAAGAGAUUCAUUUGGUCAUCUCAUUUGCACAGACACCAGCGCACUCACAGUGGGGAGAGGCCAUUCACCUGCUCUGUGUGUGGGAAGGGAUUUACUCAGCCAAACCACCUGCGGAGACACCAGCGAGUUCACGAGUAACUGCAGGGGUUGGAUUCUGCUGUUUCUGCUGCUGUUAAUCACAUCCAGGGCUGAACGUGUGGUUUAAUCCUGAGGUGUGUGAGAAAUGUGUCCCAGCUGCUCUCUGCCAUGGUUCAGACCUCCUAGACACGGAACAGAAGGCUUCUUUACAACUGUACUUAGAGUCAGGCAGAACAUCGGUGAAUGCUGGAAACGUGCUGUAAAAUCGGAGAUUGGUGGAAAAUUGUAUCUGUUCCUGAGUGAAAGUGAAACAGCAGGUUUAAGUUUCCAGUGAGUAUGGUACGAGGAUUGAAAAUGUUUGUGUGACAUUCCUGAAUCUACCAACGCAAUGCAAUAACAACAAUAAGUUGCAUUUGUAUAGAACCUUUAACAUAGUAAAACAUGUCAAGGAGCUUUACAGAUGAUCAAAACCUUGGUCAAAGAGGUAGAUUCUGAGAAGUAUUAAAGAAGUGGAGAAAGAGAGAGCUUUAGAGAGGGAAUUCCAGAGCUCGGGACCUUGGGAGCUGAAAGCACGGCCCCCAGUGGUGGAGUGAUGUAGGUGGGGGAGUGAGGCAGGGUCACAAAUGGAGGAGCAUAAGGAGCUCAGAGGGUCGUAGGGCUGGAGGAGAUUCCAGCGACUGUCUGUCAUGGAGAGAGUGGCUGCCUCCAUGGAGAUUCAAGCACAGCUCUGAAAUGGAUAUCUCCAUGCAGGUCAUUACCACGGUCAUGCAGGAGAUAUCUGCUGCCUUAAACAGGAUGACAGACAUUGUAUCUGUGACCUUACAACACGUCACUGAUCUCCACCAAGUUGGGCUCUGCAGCAGAGUGGGAGGAAUGAUGUGCUGCUGGUUCAGGAGAGGGACGAUGGAGGAAGGAAACCUGGAACUGGGAACUCCGAUCAAAAGCAUUCUCAAUCAUCAUGUACUAACCCACCCAUCCUCAGGCAGUAGCCUACACACUGCCCCCUCUCCCACCAGCUGAAUCUGCCCCUGCACAAAUACAGGUGGAUCAAUCUUUGCCGGGACUCUGAGGGGCUCUGAAAUCCAGAGGGUGGAGACCACAAGCCUCUCGGCAGUGAGAGCAGGAAUGUGAGCAGCCUGUCUCUCCCUCUGCUGAAACCACACAGGAUGCACCAUGUAGAAGCAAUAGGAAGGGUCUGGGCUAGAAAUUAUAAUUUACCAAGGGUGUGCACAGGGGCGUUUUACAAAAUAUUAAGUUUCAUUUUUCAAUAAUGACACAGAAAAUGUAUUGAUUGGAACCAUUUCCAGUUCUUGUCCAUUCUGACAUCCCGAGGGCCAGCUCACCCUCUCACUGGGUUCAUGCUGAAUGUCAAUCUGGGCUGGGAGCCAUUGGGUGGAUGUGCAAUGGGUGGAUGAGUGGGUGAAGGAAUGUUCAGUGAACAGGGAGGGGGAGAGAGGGUUGGUGUUGCUAGUGGGAAGUGUUUAUCCUGAAACAGCGAUCAUUCAUUGCUCACUUUGAAAUGAUCGACCUGUUGUGUCUUUCCCCAUUUUUGUUCUUUUAGUUUUCCAUGAUUUAUAUAUUUGUUUUAUUUUUAUUAAAACAUUCUUGUUGUAACACUGAAAUCCAGAGGAUUUUAAAUCUGUUAACGUCAAUCCCCAUCAAGUACACAGGAGGACUCUACUGAUCCUAACUUUUUCUGUUAUCAAUAAACAAAAAGAUCUUAUAAGAUGUCCAAAUGGGGAAUUGUUUUUCUCUGAGACCAGGGAUGGUCAGACUAUGUCCCAAAGUUCAAAUCUGGGCCUUGAGCCUGGGCUACUGGGCCCACGUAGAUGGAGCACCAUAUCCUUCAUCCCCAAUUUAAUUACUCCACCAUUGGUGGCUGUGUCUUCAGCUGCCUGGACCUUAAGCUCUGGAAUUUCCUCCCUAAACUUCUCCAUCUUUCUACUUCACUUUCCUCCUUUAAGACACUCAUAACUGACCUCUUUGACCAAGCUUUUGGUCAUCUUGCCUAAUAUGUCCUUCUGCUCAUGUGAAACUCCAUGGGACAUUUUAUCAUGUUAAAAGCUCGAUAUAAAUAUAAGAUGUUGCAGUUGUUGUUGUAGCAGUCAGACCCAAUCACUUGUUGAGUGAGUGAGGCUAUAUAAAUGUAACUCAGACAGACACAGCUUGUUGGAACAGACUUGGGGAGAAGGAAGCUCUGAACUAAUCACUGGACUCCCUGAUCUCCACAAAUGGGAAAAGGUGAUUCUGUCCAAACAUUCGAAAAUACAUUCAUCAAAGAUGGUUUGUUGUUGUGAGCUGCAUUAUUUGGUAGAAUUAGAGUGAAGGCGUGGGAUUGAUCCCUGAGUCACCAGUUUAAGGACAGGAGGAGAGAGAAUCUGGAGAGGAGAAAAGAGUAAGUUGGAGACUGGACAUUGAAUCUGGAACAAUGAGCAGAGAGGGAGAGGAGUGUGUGGGUCAGAGAUUUAUAGAUUUAGUGGAAUGAGAGGGAAAAUGUUCCAUCGAUACUAAAAUUGUCUAUUCUGAAUUUCUAUCCUGAAUUGACAGUGAUGAUUUUUGUAAACUCAGCUUACAGGAUAUUAGAAGGGGAGGAUUUGCAGACAAGAAACUUGAACCAUAUAUCUCAACAGGAUCUUAUGGAAUCACUGAAUUCAUGUAAGAUCAGCCUCUGAUUAUUGCAGGAGAAAUGUUUGGUCUGUCUGUGGGAAAAGAUUUAAAUCAUCAACGUGACUGGAAAAUCAUCAGGGUACACACACCCGAGUCAGAAGCUCAUCUCGAGGUCAAAUAUGACAUCAAAUGUUCAAAAAGUCCAGUUUAGUCUCAGACAGGUAGCAG